AUGGUAAAUUCAUCUAAUGGCUCCAAUCCUCUUUCGGCGAGUUCAACGGACCUGAAUUCAGCACAACAACAAUAUACAAAUGUCAACAAUCCUGUUUCUAAUGCUAAUCAUAGUCACCGUCAUACAGCGGGUCCAAAGGGUAGAAGACCAUCAUUGCUAAGAAAUGAUUCAUCUAGUAAUUCUGUUUAUACGCCGAGUAAUACAGCUGGCGAUGGGUCUACGCCGAUGCACUCAUCGCACCUUAAAUGGGGCUCAAGUGGUACUGGAAAUAAUAAUGCCUCGAGUACAGCGAUAAAUGACUCGCAUAAUAGCACCAAUGCCAACUCAACGUCGUUACUAACUCCUAGUUCCAAUAAGAGGCAGACAAGUCAUAAUAAUUCCGGUAAUAAUACAUUGAGUUCUACUGGUGGUAGGGCCCGCUCGCGUUCGAUAACCCAGACUCUUUCACACAAUUUACAAAAUAAUAAUAAGCAGUAUUUAUCACAAGAAAAGGCGUAUUUAAAGAAGAUGAAAAACCAGUUUGUGGAUGACUACUAUACCAAGGGAAUCACGGGCGCGGAAAUGAAAGAAGUCAACAAUAAUGAUGAGGAUGAGGAUGAAGACGAGGACGAAACCAAUCCAAAUGGCCACAGUGACUUGUUGGCUGACAUGGACGAUGAUAAAUACCAAAUUGACUACAAUUUAGCAUUUACUUUAUUGAAGAACGGCAAAAAUGCCAUCAAUAUCAAUCCGAACAGAAAUAUCACUCAAUUAAAUGCGGAUAGUGCUGAUGAUCCUGCAGUAAUAGAAAGACUUGAAUGGCAAUCGAUGUUAACUUCUGUGCUUACAGGUGAUGUGGUGAGAUCCGAAAAGACCAAAAUUAUCAACAAUAAUAGUCCCGAAAAUGAACAAAGUUCAUUCUUACAUGCAACAUAUAAAGAGAACUUAUGGUUCGGUAUUCACGCUAAACUUUUUAAUAGAACAGAAGAUGAUCAAAGAAAAAUUAUUGAAUAUCGUCGUACCCUUGCUGAUGCAUUAUUUGAUGAAGUUCUAAAUUUUGAGGUAAAUCAUGAUGACCCAGAGAGCAAUCCACCUAGAAAUCAAGUAGCUUAUAUUCUUGAUAAAUAUGAUAAAUGCUGCGACUUAUGGAGAACCCUGGAAGACAUGAAGAAUGAGAAGCCAGUAUGUAGAACUGCUGAAUUCCAAGAUCGGAUUGAUGCUUUAACUGCUUGGUUAUCUAUCACAGAUGCAAUGCAAAGAGAAAGUGAUUCAUUAAAAGUAUGGAUCGGUAAUGAUGAAAUGGACAUCACAAAAAGUCGAAGUGAGAGCGGUAGUGCACCAUCUUCUGAAGCAACAACGCCAACAAAUACAAAAAAGAUAUUCAAUGAAGAUAACAAAUCUUUGGCUGAAAGGCUCAUGAAAGAAAAAGACGUUUAUUCUAUUUUCCAAAAGCGUAUAUUUUUUCCAUUAGCCCCCUGGAUGAUUAAGUCAAAGGACACUUACUUGAGAUUGGGACAUAUUUUUGAGACGCUUAAAUUACCUGAUUAUAUUCAUGACUUGAUUCAGUUAUGUCUUAUACCGAUGAAGUUGAUUAAAGAAAUUAUAAAUGUGAGAUUAGUUUACGCCAAAAAAUUGGAAAAUCCUACAUUAAUGAUGAUUGAUCAAAUGAUAGAUGAUUUCAAAUCUUACAUCACUAUAGCUUUGGAAGUAAAACUGGGUAUUGUUGAAUAUUGUAGACCAGAUGUUGGUCAGAUAUGGGUGUUGAGUGAUUUAUUUGAUUCUGAAAAUCAGGAGUUUGAUAAGGUAGUUUUAAAAUGUGUCAAAUAUUUCUUUGCAUUAUUAAAUAAAAAAUUAUUAGAUAGUUCAAGAUCACCCACUAAUUUCAGAACUUUCAAAGAACCAGAAGAAUUAGAGGAAACCUGGAACUAUCUUAAAUGGUUAGGUAACCUUAUUGAUGGGGGUAGUGUCGUUGUUGCUGAACACAUAACCGUAUUAACACUGAAAUUAAUUCAUAGACUAUUAGCCUAUUUCAAUAAUCAAAUAGGAACUCCUCCUGCUAAGUCUGCGGGUUCUUCUGAUCUAAUCAGAUGGUACAGUUCAACUACAGAAAACUUUGGGCAAUUACGUCGUAAAUUGGCAAGAUUUACUGGUGAAAUUUCUAGAGACUUUACGAAUUCCUUAGUUUUUGAUCUUUCAUCAACACCCAGCAAUAGAACUAAAAAUAUACUCGAAGUUUUGAAGUCGACUAAUCAUUUCUUGGUAUAUACUGGUACAAUAGAGACACAGGGUACAUACUUUUUUGCAAGUGCGGAAUUAAUGGGUAAUGAACAAGAAAUAUUAAGAAUAAUAAAUGGUUCUUACAUUGGAUCGGAUCCAAAUGAAGCUAAUCUGGACUUUUCUGAUUUGUUGAAAAUGCUUCAAUUACAUGAAGAUGGGGAAACUGACCAACACCCAGACCUGGUGGAUCAUUUGAUUCCAAACGAAUCGAGUGAUUUCGGGUAUGUCUUGGCAUUAUGUCCACCUAAGCCAAUCGUCUGGGAAGGACACAUUGUUACUAUUCAUCUAGAAAAUGUUCCAAUUACCGACAUUAAGGUGGGGCAAAUACUCAUGAUAACAAAAUUGCCUUAUGGCAGCUUGCAUAUGGUUAAAGAAAAGUUUUUGGACACAGUAAACGAUUUCAUAUUAGUGGGUGGUAUGAUGAAACAAGUUGAGCAAAGAUGUUCCUUGGCAAAAGUACAUCAUGAGUUAACUAAGAUCAACAGAGUCUUCUUUAAAAUGUCAUUGUCAGUUUUGGAUUCUGUAAAGAAAGUAAGAGCAAAUUGUAAAGAAUUGGCAGCUGAAAGUAGUUGUCAAGAGUUGAUCAAUAGUUAUUUUAUCUAUGCGAGAGACUUCGGUAAGAAUUCCGUUAAAAACCUUGAUUCUUCAAGAAAAUCUACGGUUAUUAUGAAGCUUAUCCAACUCUCUAUUGAAUGGGUUAGUUUUGUUUGUGAUGAUUGUAUACCGACUGAUAGGAGGACUUUUAGAUCGUGUGUUUUGGCUUUGGAAUUUGCCAUGGAUAUGACUAGAGGCUUUAACGUUUUGGUUUUGAAUGAUGAGCAAUUCUAUAAGCUAAAAUUGAAGGUUGCUCGCUGUAUGUCGUUGCUUAUUUCUCAUUUCGAUAUCAUGGGUGCAAGAUCCAGUGAAGCUGAGAAGAAGAAAUUAUUGAAAUGGUCUUCUCAAAGACAUAGGAUUGAAAAUUCAGCUGAUGAUGCAUGUAUUAUUCAAGCAUACAGGGAAGAUGUCAUGAGAGAAAUUGAAGAAAUUGAGAAUUAUAGAAAAGACUUGCAAGAACAGUUACUGUCGAUUGGUAGAGUCUUAGAUGUUACCGAUCUGGAAUACCAAUUUGUUACUCUAUUAGCAUCUUCCUUUUCUAGCGUUUCUAUUAGAUGGCAAAAAGGUAGAUUUAUCGGUGGAGGGACUUUUGGACAUGUUUAUGCGGCAGUCAAUUUGGAUACAGGCGGUGUUAUGGCAGUUAAGGAAAUAAGAUUCCACGAUAGUCAAUCCGUUAAAAAUAUUGUACCUUCAAUUAAAGAUGAGAUGACCAUUUUGGAAAUGUUGAACCAUCCUAAUGUCGUUCAAUAUUUUGGUGUUGAAGUUCAUCGCCAUAAAGUUUACAUUUUUAUGGAAUUCUGUGAAGGUGGUUCCCUUGCGGGAUUGUUAACACAUGGACGUAUAGAAGAUGAAAUGGUGAUACAAGUUUAUACUUUACAAAUGUUAGAAGGUUUGGCAUAUUUACAUCAAUCGGGUGUCGCUCGUCGUGAUAUCAAACCAGAAAAUAUUUUACUUGACCAUAAUGGGGUUAUCAAGUUCGUUGAUUUUGGUGCUGCAAAGGUGAUUGCAACAAGUGGAAGAACUCUUGGUGGUGGUAGUGGUGGUGCAAAUCAAGGCCGCAGCAUGAAUGGAACCAACUUAAACUCAAUGACUGGUACCCCUAUGUAUAUGUCCCCAGAAGUAAUAACCGGUGCAUCGGGUUCUGGAAAUGGUGUUGUUGAUAUUUGGUCGUUGGGUUGUUGUGUAUUAGAAAUGGCUACUGGUCGCAGACCUUGGACCAAUCUCGACAAUGAGUGGGCCAUAAUGUAUCAUAUCGCAGCAGGUCAUAAGCCACAGUUACCUUCUGCAGACCAAUUAAGCGAACCAGGAAGGAAGUUCAUAUCAAGAUGUCUAGAACAUGAUCCUAGUAAUAGACCAGGCGCUGUCGAGUUGUUGAAUGAUCCUUGGAUUGUUGCAAUUCGUCAAGCAGCAUUUGUUUCUUCUGAUAGUGUUAGUACACCAUCUUCAGAAGUUGGUUCUGAUAUGUGA